AUGUCUUUGAUGCAAUCACUUUGCAAGACCGCCUGGAUGGUGGGAUAUCCCUCAUCAUUUGAUGCACUGGUAGUGAAGCGACCCCAAAUAUCUCACCUGAACAAAUUCCUAUCGACAUCUAUAUCACACCCCAGAAUUGGCGGAGAUGUCGCUGUCUUGGUGCAGGCAUUUGCACAGGAGUUUGCAGUACCUCACCUCCAGCGCUUUGCUGCGCACUGCAUUGUUGAAAAUAUGAAACCCAGUAGGAACUCUCAUAUUAGUGUUACUGGGCCACAACACCUUCCUGCACCUAUGGUUGCCACAAGAACUCACAUCCAGUGCUCUGCACAAGCCCCAAAGGUCUUUUCCACCAGUAUGCAGUCCUCUCUAGAUUCUUCAAGCUCUGUAGCCAUUCAUCAUGGAGGAGAAUUGGCUGCUGGACUUGUGAAAAAAACUACACCAUUGACCCCACACUCUGAGAUCCGUCAACACCAUCCAGCCAAUAUGUUUGCCAAGUCUAGCCCACUGGUGGCAACACACACACAGAGUCAAGUCGCUAGUGAUCCCACAACUUUUGGGAUGCUGCUUAUUAGCAUUGGGCCUCACACAGAUGCCACACUUGAUUGGCUGAACUUGGGUGACAAAAAUGUGUUGAAACUCCGAACUUUGAUUGGAACCGUACACAGUAGCCGUUGGGAGGCCAUAUUAAGGUCACCGGCAUGGGACCUUAAUGCCCUUCUUGCAGACCUACAAGUGGGUAUAUGGUCCAUCAACCCUGAGGUUGCCGCUAGCUUGAAACACCGAUCAUCAUGGCUUACCUCUAUCUUCAAGCUUCUCGGCAUUCUUGUAUUGCUAUGUGCACUUUACCUUUUUGCCAAUGGUUACCCAGUCCUUUUGUUCUCAGAAACGCAGUUCAAGCACGAGAUUGUGCUUAGCAAGGAAGCUUGCACUGCUCUUAGGCUCGACCGAUGUGCUAAGUCCCUUCGAUUCAAGAACACUUUAGACAAUGCUUGGAAGCAACUGGACAACACUAUGAAAAAUAUUACUACUUCCCAUCAUAAAAGUUGUGGACCUAUUCAGUCAAAAUGCUUAAAGCUCAAUCUAUGGAACACAUUCUGUUGGAAGAAGAACAAGGACAAAGAGAACCAUAGCCUAGGUAAAGCUGCGCUCCAAUCACUCAUACAUGAUAACAAGGAUGAAUACUUUGCCCUCUCAAAGGGGGAACAAGACAAACUGCUUACUGAGUUCAUUGAAUUCAAGGAGACAAAGACUACUGGUGUUCAUACCUCAACAAAAUCAAAGAUUAAUGAUAUCACACACACUUUAAAGGUGGUGGAAGAUGAGUCUACAUUGUCAUACAGGUGCAGAGACUAUUCUCUACACCACCGUGGCUCUACAGACCUUCCUCUCCGUGGUAUUGCAUUUGCCACCAAAGGCAUCAAAAACUUCAUGGGUACCAUCAUGGAGGUUGAUAAUCAAGAUUUAGUCAGCAAAAUGGAAGGUUUUGCGGUCCAAGGGAUGAAAGAAGAAAUCACUGGUGAUGAUCAUGCAAAGAUGCAAUGGGUCUACUAUUUCGGCAAUGUUAUUCAAUGCUACCAGGUCAUCAUGGAAGGGUGGCCUGAGAAGAUUCCUUUUAUAAACCUUAGUCAGAAGUCCUUGAGUAAUGAAGAAUUUGAGGAACUCCAUAAGGAGCAUGAAGAGAAGCUUGAGAGCAGCGAGCUAGCUGACCAUUGUUGUCAACCUCAAUCAGACAAAGGAAAGAAACAUGCAGAGGUGUGGAAGUCUACUGCUCAGCGCAAGCAGUUCAAGAGCGCAGAGACCAUUAGUGAUGACAACAGCGAUGCGGAGGGAGAUGAGGUCAUUCACAAGUCAGCAGCACCAUCUGAUGAGGCCAUUUGUGAGUCAGCACCGCCAUCUGUGGUUGCUACUGCUUCUGCCUUUCUGGAUACCACAUCUCCUCAGCCUUUGGACAGCAAUUUCAGUGCUUCUGGGUCCUUUGAUCAGUAUAUAAACCUCAACACCCUUGACUGCAAUGCCAUGUUGGCCAACUUAGAAAGAUUGUUUGGCCCCACGCCUAGUACACUGUUGGAGUAA